CCUCUGUCUCACUCUCUCUCAAGCACUAACUCGCAGGACCCUUCUCUAAUCUCUUUAGUCUUUCCUUCCCCACCUCUCUCUUGCAGAGGGGGGGACAACAGUCAAUCAGAAGGAAGAUAACCCCACACUGAGUCUAAGAUAGCAUCAGACCUGCACGUGUCUAGACCAAAUCUAAAAGCCCAUUAGUGUCUCUCUGUCUCUCUUUCUCUCUUUCUCUCACGAGUGAGAUGAUGAUGCAGUAGAGGAUAUGAGAUGGGUUUGAUCAAUCAAAGCAACAAAAAGGAGAAAACAAGUGUCUUGUGGGAUUUUUGAAGAAGGCCAAUAUGGAAUCAACAGACUCGCAGAGCAAUAAACAACCACACUCUUCUUCUUUGCAGUUGGUCCCAUUUGAAAGCCGUUCAGGGCCAGGUCCCAGCCCCGUGUCAGGCCCAUUCAUGGGCUCCAUCUCCAUCCAAGCUGGAGCAGCAGUAGCAGGAGGAGUAGAUGGUGGUGGUGGUGGAGUUGGGUCUUCCACAUCUACAAACACUACUUCCGCUACUAGCCCUCCACCACCCAGACUCGUCGAUGCUUCCCUCGCCAUUUCCACCAAAUCCACCCUUCUCGUCGAUUCCUCCAAGAAUAAGCAACAGCAACAGCUUUCGAUUGCCACCACUACCAAGCGAUCAUCGAAAGAUAGGCACACGAAGGUCGAUGGUAGGGGUCGCCGCAUCCGUAUGCCGGCCACUUGUGCCGCUAGGGUUUUCCAACUAACGCGUGAAUUGGGUCAUAAAUCCGACGGUGAGACCAUCGAGUGGCUCUUACAGCAAGCAGAACCUGCAAUCAUCGCCGCCACGGGUACCGGUACAAUCCCUGCCAAUUUUUCAACCCUUAAUGUCUCUCUCCGAAGUAGUGGCUCUACCCUUUCAGCUCCACCUUCCAAAUCUUCUCCUCAUUCCUUCCAUGGCGCAUUAGCCCUCGCACAUCAUCCCCAUCAGUACGACGAAGGUGACACCGGUCGGAGACUCAUCGCAGGCGGGGAGAUGCUAGGGUUUCAUCCUCAACAACAGCAUAUCUUGACUGGGGAUCAGAUUGGUGAAGCUUUGUCUGGUAGUGGUGGUGCUGGUAGAGAUACUACUGAUAGCUAUUUGAGAAAACGCUUCAGAGAAGAUCUGUUCAAGGAGGAAGCACAACCACAGCAGGAGACUGGCGAUACGACGUCGCCUUCGGCGAGUAAGCCUCGGCAAGAGCUAGAACAACCGACGACAGCUGGGCUGCUUCGGCCGUCGAACAUAUUGCCGGCGACUGCAAUGUGGGCUGUCAGACCUGCCCCAAGCAGCGGUGGCAGCGCAUUCUGGAUGCUACCCGUCACGGGCGGCGCCUCCUCCCCUGCGGGUGGUGCCGCUGCAGCCCCUGGGGCUGGACCUUCGGAACCCUUGUGGACAUUCCCUACUGCAGGUGGGCAGUAUAGAGCAACGUCAAUACCAGCGGGUGGUGGAAACACACUUCAAGCACCUCUGCAUUUCAUGCCAAGAAUUAACUUUUCUGGUGGGCUUGAGUUCCCCGGUGGUCGUGUUAGUACGGUUCCACUUGGGUCUAUGGUAGCUCCUCAGCAUCUGGGUCUAGGCAUCGCUGAAUCGAAUCUGGGGAUGUUGGCUGCUCUUAAUGCUUACAAUAGAGGUGCUGGGUUGAGUAUGAGUUCAGAGCAGCAUCAGCAGCAGCAGCAACAACAUGGCAUGGAUCAUCAUCAUCAUCAUCAUCAUCAACAUCAACAACAAGUUCAUACCCACCAGCCUCAAGCCAAUGAUAGUGGUGAUGAACAUCCAAACAGUUCACAGUAACAAACUUCAUAAAACCCAAGGUGGUUAAUUGCUUCUUUUUAUUAUAUUUCUUCUCGUCUUCCAAGCUUUUGUAUUUGUGUUUGAUUUUUUUUGUUGUUUAUUUGUUUUGGUUCUUUUGGUAGCAGGGAAGAGAGAUUGUUGGUUGGUUUUAUUGUUGAGAUGAAGGAGUUGAGUAUUAAUUUUGCGUUUUGAGUGCUUUGAAUCCCCACCUCGGUCACUGGUUGGAUGAUCCAAGAAGACAAUCCCAAUUCUCUUUUUCUGUGGCUUUUGUUAUUUAUUUCUCUUUCUGUGUUUCUCUUCAUUUUUUUUUCUUCUUUUAAAUUGACAUGAAUUUGAAAUCUUAUUUGUUUGGUCCAAAGGGAUUACUAAAUGGGAACAGCAGAUAGACAGUGAGAGGAAUAGAGGAGGUUUGUAUAGUGAGUAUAUUUGUUUGUGAAGUUAUAAUUCUUUGUUUGUAUGAGAA